AUGGCAUCCUCUGUCAAGCUGUACCCUCGGACUUUGGGCGCGACUGACCUCGCGGCCAACCCGCUGCCUCAACUCAUACAAACGCCUUCGGGCAUGGCACUGCUUGAGCUACAAGGCACCAUCAACCUUCCCCAGCCAGAUCCUGACGCAGAAGGUCUGGCGCCCGAGGUACCAAUCGGCAGGAUCACCUUCCCGGACUUCAAUUCCAAUGCUCUAGAUCCAUCUAGCACUUCAUGGAUGAAGCGCGUCCAUUUAUACGUCGGCCAGCAUCAGAGACUCACGGGAGAGGUCAAGAAGCUGCCCAAGGCCAUGGCCGUUAUCCGCAGACGCCAGGACCCCAGCAAAGAUGUCACAAUGCAAGAUGUCGAAGCUGAAGACAAGGUUGCGGACCUCGAGAUUGUAGAGAUCGUCAAGUAUAAGCUGAUUUUCUCUCAACGACCCGAGCCUGUCGGUACUAGUUGA